CCAACGAUUCCUGCUGUCAGGUUCCUGGGCGAGAGGAGUUUCAGCUUCUUCUAUAGCUGCAGAACCAUGGCUCGCACGAAGCAGACGGCGCGCAAGUCCACAGGCGGCAAGGCCCCGCGCAAGCAGCUGGCCACCAAGGUGGCCCGCAAGAGCGCGCCGGCCACCGGCGGCGUCAAGAAGCCGCACCGCUACCGGCCGGGCACGGUGGCCCUGCGCGAGAUCCGCCGCUACCAGAAGUCCACCGAGCUGCUGAUCCGCAAGCUGCCGUUCCAGCGGCUGGUGCGCGAGAUCGCGCAGGACUUCAAGACCGACCUGCGCUUCCAAGGCUCGGCCGUCUUGGCGCUGCAGGAGGCGUGCGAGGCCUACCUGGUGGGGCUCUUCGAGGACACCAACCUGUGCGCCAUCCACGCCAAGCGCGUCACCAUCAUGCCCAAGGACAUCCAGCUGGCACGCCGCAUCCGUGGGGAGCGCACUUAAGCGCCCGGCCCUGAGCCAUCGCGCUCAUUCCAAAGGCUCUUUUCAGAGCCACCA